AUGCAAAAUCGACGCCAAAAAAAGAUAUCGAGGCUUACCUAUCGGAGAUCGUCCGAUGCGACUUCGACGACGGCGAACAGCGAUAGAAACCCAGCGAUCUUUAGGACAGCUUUGGGGGAAGCACAUAAUGGAGAAAACGCCUUUGCUGAUUCAUUAGAAGCAUUUGGAGGAGGCUACGACGACCCUGUUAGUGUAUCAGUUGGAGAGCAUGUAUUGAUUGACCGGUUGUCAGAGUUUCUAAAUGUUGAUUUGCAAAAUGCAAAGGAAUCUCGUCGUCGUUUUGACAAAUCUGUGCAAUCGUAUGAUCAGUCACGAGAAAAGUUUGUUUCUUUGAAGAAGAAUACUCCUGAAGAUAUUGUUGCUGAAUUAGAAGAGGGUCUACAAAAUUCAAAGUCAUCAUUUGAGAAAAGCCGCUUCAAUCUAGUACACUCUCUCAUGAAUAUUGAAGUGAAAAAGAAGUACGAGUUCUUGGAGUCGAUAAGUGCAAUAAUGGACGCUCAUUUGAGAUACUUUAAACUGGGUUAUGACUUACUGAGCCAAAUGGAGCCUUAUAUUCACCAGGUGCUAACGUAUGCUCAACAAUCUAAAGAAGUGGCUAAUAUUGAGCAAGAUAAGCUUGCAAAACGGAUCCAGGAAUACAGGACACAGACAGAAGUUGAAAAUAAACCCAUGCCAGGUGCUGAUGGCACCCAUCCUGUAGGUUUGAAUUCUUACAAAAGCUUUGAAGCAGGGAUGCAGUCUGCAACCAAAGGCGAGAUUCAAACAGUUAAGCAAGGCUAUCUGUUAAAACGAUCAUCAAGGAUGCGAGGAGAUUGGAAAAGAAGGUUUUUUGUACUUGAUAACCAUGGGAGUUUAUAUUAUUACAGAUCAAAAGGACCCAAACCCGCGGGAUUUCAGUCAUAUAAUUAUAGUCGUUCUUCUGAACAAAAUAGUGGCAUGUUUGGUAGAUUCCGUUCAAGGCAUAGUAGGGCAGCGUCACUAAAUGAGGAUAUUUUGGGUUCUUGUACAGUUGAUCUGUGCACAUCCACUAUAAAGAUGGACGCAGAGGAUACUGAUCUACGACUUUGCUUCCGUAUCAUUUCUCCCUCAAAAACAUAUACACUGCAGGCUGAAAAUGAAGCUGAUAGAAUGGACUGGGUAAACAAAAUUACUGGAGCUAUCACCUCGCUUUUUAAUUUUCAGUUUCUUCAACAGCCUCAUUAUGGUAAAUUGCAAUUACAAAAUAAAAACUCAGCAACUGGUUCUUCCUUGACAAGUCAACAAGAGGAUAGUAAUAAAUCUUUGAUGGAUGAUGUAUAUUCCAAAGAAGUGGGUAGUGUCUCUAAAAUUUUAAGGGGAAUUCCUGGGAAUGACAAGUGUGCUGAGUGCAGUACUCCUGAACCAGACUGGGCAUCUUUAAACCUUGGUAUACUGCUGUGUAUUGAAUGCUCCGGAGUGCAUCGCAAUCUUGGUGUUCAUAUCUCAAAGGUGAGAUCUAUAACGUUAGAUGUGAAGGUUUGGGAACCUACCAUUUUGGAGUUAUUCAAUAAUUUAGGUAAUACUUUUUGUAAUUCUAUUUGGGAGGGCUUGCUUCUGCUUGGUGAUGAAAGAGUAGGUGAAUCAAAUGUGCCUUUGAAACCAUGUUCCACAGAUCCCUCCCAAUAUAAAGAAAAGUACAUCCAAGCAAAGUCUUAUGCUUAA